CGUCCAAAAAUCAACAGUAAGACUGUAACACUUAAAUCCUGCUAUAAAUAGCCAAGUAGCUGAUGAGAGCUUCCAUGCAAAUUGCAUAACAGUUUCUACUUUGAUUGAACAUGAUGGCAUCACCAUCUGCUUUCUGUGCUGUACUUUAUCUCCUCCUUAUUGGAAGCCCUUCAUAUGCACGUCCUCAGCCAGCGGAGUACUGGAGAACUGUCAUGAAAGAUGAGGCAAUGCCCGAAGCAAUUCAAGGCCUAAUGGAAGUUAGUGAAUCCGGACCGCCUCUAAUCAGCCACAACAAUCUGAAACCAGACUGUCAUACGUCUACUGCCACUGGUACUGCAUUCAACAACAGGAAAUCAAGGCUUUCUGCUCGAGAUAUUGAACCGAGGCCUAACAUCUCAGCUUACCACGAUGACGAAAAGCUCAAGAAAGGAAAUGCUCAUGUGGAUGAUAUUGAACCGAGGCCCAAUAUUUCAAGCUAUCGUGGAGACAAAAAGCUCAGAGACAAUGAGUCUUUCGACAAAGAUAUAGAACCAAGGCCAAAUAUCUCAGCUUACCAUGAUGAUGAAAAGCUCAAGAAAGGUAAUUCUUAUCGGGAUGAUAUUGAACCAAGGCCUAACAUUUCAAGCUAUCAUGAUGACGAAAAGCUCAGAAACGAUGAGUCUUUCGACAAAGAUAUUGAACCAAGACCUAAUAUCUCAGCUUACCAUGAUGAUGAAAAGCUCAAGAAAGGUAAUUCUUAUAUGGAUGAUAUUGAACCAAGACCUAACAUUUCAAGCUAUCAUGAUGAUGAAAAGCUCAGAAACAAUGAGUCUUUUGACAAAGACAUCGAACCAAGGCCGAAUAUUUCAUCCUACCAUGACGAUGAGAAGCUUCAGAAAAGUGAUUCUUUUUCAAAAGAUAUUGAACCAAGGCCUAACAUUUCAAGCUAUCAUGAUGAAGAAAAGCUCAGAAACGAUGAGUCUUUCGACAAAAAUAUUGAACCAAGACCUAAUAUCUCAGCUUACCAUGAUGGCGAAAAGCUCACGGAGAAUGAGUCUUUUGACAAAGACAUUGAACCAAGGCCGAAUAUUUCAUCCUACCAUGACGAUGAGAAGCUUAAGAAAAGUGAUUCAUUUUCGAAAGAUAUUGAACCAAGGCCUAAUAUUUCAAGCUAUCAUGAUGACGAAAAGCUCAGAGACACCGAGUCUUUUGACAAAGACAUCGAAGCAAGGCCGAAUAUUUCAUCCUACCAUGACGACGAGAAGCUCAAAAAAAAUGAUUCUUUUUCAAAAGAUAUUGAACCAAGGCCUAACAUUUCAGCCUACCAGGGUGACAAGAAGCUCACAGAAAAUGAAUCAUUUAUCAGAGAUAUUGAACCAAGGCCGAAUAUCUCAUCCUACCAUGAUGAUGAAAAGCUUAAAAAAACGGACGCUUUCACAAAAGAUAUUGAACCACGACCUAAUAUCUCAGCCUAUAAUGAUAAUGAAGCGCUUAAAGAAGAUAAGUCAUAUGAUGAUGAUUUGAAGCCAAGACCCAAUAUUUCAAUAUAUCAGGAAUAGUUUGGGGUCGCAGAGUAAACAUAUGAGCCUCGAGCAUCAUAUGAUCCAUCAUCCUCACAGCAUUAUCUUAAAUAAGAGGAUUUUCCUUUGUAUUAUCUGUUUUUAUUGCAAGUAUUAAGAAUGUUGUUUUGUUUGCCAAGAUUAGCAUCUGUAACAUAUUUCAUGAAAAGAAAACGUGCUUGGGUUUGUUUGUUUGUUCAA